AUGGCCGAUCUGAAUGAAAUUCGAAGAGUAUAUGAAAUGCUGGACAAAAAUGGCGUUGGCGCUCUCACAGUGGAUGAAAUAUGUGGUUUCAUUAACAAGCUCGGAAUAUCAAUGUCAGGAGAAGAUUUGAGAUUUAUAGUGAGAAGCAAAGGUCAAGAUGAUUGUAGUGAUAGUCUUCGAUUUAAAGAGUUUGUUGAUUUAUAUGAGUUCAUCUUCAACCGCGAACAAGAUGAAGGAGAAUACGAGACUGGCGAUUUGAUGGAAACAUUCAAGAUAUUUGAUCAGAAUGGCGACGGAUACAUCUCUUGUGAAGAGCUGCAAAGAGUGCUGUCGACGAUGGGAUUAAUCCCACAAACCCAACAUCCAAAACAAUGCGAGCAAAUGAUUCGCACAUUUGACUUGGACUGCAAUGGGGUGUUAGAUUUCGCUGAGUUCAAAACUAUGAUGUCUUCUCAACUUUCUGCGUGA